CACAAUUACAGCGACCGCGACAGACGACAAGGUUUAGCUUUUCUAACUGCGAACAUCGUUGUCAAGUAUUUUAUUACUUUCCUAACAAUUCGACGGAAAUAUGCAGUAGCUAGACAGUGACAGCCGAACAAGUCGAAAAAUAUUUUUCCGUGUUUCACAUCCAUUUGGUCAAAUAUUUUGCGCAAGCGGAAGCACCGACUAUCUCGUGUCACGAGACGACGGAAAAAAAAUGGCGCCUCCUGUGUCACAACCGGUCGCCUCGACGACUCGCGACUCCUUUCUCAACGCCGUGGAGAACUGUACGGACGGAAAUGUGUUGGUUCGCGCGUUCCCGGUGCUCUUCCGCCAAGCGGGGUCGGAACAAGAUGUUUUUCUCGCAAAGUUGAAGGAUCUGUUGAAGGAGGUGAAUUUUCCCGACCAGGCCAUGGCGCUGGCAACGAACAGCAUCACUCCGCGGUCAGCAACCAAUAGCAGCGCCAAGCUUCCGUUUGGAGCGGCACUAGCGAACGGCGGUGGUACUACAACUGCGACCACUUCUGGUGCCGUAGCUAACGGGACGAGUUCCGCGACCGCAAACGGGCCGUCUACAGCUGGCACAGCGCCGAACUCGGAGAUGAGCGCAGUGGCGCCAGCCGCGGAGCCGCCGGCGAAACGGGCCAAGCUGGAUAUGAUGCGCACCUUAACCAGUUUGUCGGCUGCGAGCACUAAAGUGGGCCAUCAAAACGACCUCCUUCAGACCGCAGCCGCACCGACGAACCAGCGCCGGGAACACCAUACCACGUCCAAAGGUGAGGGUCAUGGAGUGCCUACAACGACCUCAGCAAGUACUACAACUUCUUCUGCGACAAAUAAAGACCACAACACACUGUACGUGUGCAACAUUCUGUACACGGUGGACGAGGCGCAGCUGCAACAUUUCUUCGAGACCGAGCAGGGUUGUGCGGUGAAGUUCUUGUCUUUGUACAAGACCCCUGCGGGGAAGUCGAAGGGCAGUGCGAAGUUGGUGGUCGGUUCAAAGGAGGAGUUCGAGAAGUGCUUGAAGCUGAACAGCACGGAGCAGUUCGGCAUGAAGAUGUAUGUGCGAGAUUUCUUCGCGCACCACGACAAUGCCAGUGCUGGUUCAUCUUCUGCUUCUACGACCGGCGGCGUGGCCGCUGGUGCACCUUUGUCGACAAGUGGUGGAGCAACUACGAACCCUGGCGGGACAACGACAUCUUCGGUGUUGAACAAGCCGUCCGUCGUGGUGAAAAAUCUCGCUUUUGCGGCGAGUGAAGCGAACCUCGGGGAACUGUUUGCCGGGGUCGGCGAAAUUGCAGCCGUCCGGAUCGCGCGCAACGCGAAUGGGAAGCCGGCGGGCUUCGCCGUGGUGGAGUUUACGCACGAAGGCGCCGUGCAGAAGGCACUGCUGAAGUCUGGGCAGAAUAUCAAGAAUCGCCCGGUGCGGGUGGAGUUGGCGCACGGCAGCAGUUAUGCAUCAGAAGUGUGCUGUCCUCGCCGGGGUCUGGACCUUCAAUGCCGAUGUUUGAUAUGUAGAUUUUCUUGCAGAGCCCGCGUUCGUGAGCCGUGGGGUGUAUCGUGUAUGCAGCUGUAGCAUGAUCACGUACAGGUUACUACUUCGUGAUGACGUCUUUGUGUCUAGCCUGUAUGUUGAUAAAUUGCGUAGGUCUCCCCGCGUGGCACAAACUGGCUCGUCGCUCUCGCUCCUCGUGCAAUACAGAUUAUUGCACCAUCUAGAAUGUGCAAGAACAGAUUUUCAGGCCCAGAGGACAUUAUAUUUCUACUGCAUAGUAGUACUUCUACGAGUAGCGUGGCGGCGGCUGUCGGAAGUAACAUCAAGGGUGCUCCUGCGAAAGGGAAAGGAAAGACUGGCUUAGGUGGGAAGAACACAAAGGGCACCAGCAGUGCUUCUUUAGCCGACAAGCUUUCGGCUUUGGACAGCAGCACGACCGCGAUGAAUGUUGAUCCUGCGGCGGCCCGCUCCUCUGCAGUUGCUGACGUGGUCGAGGAGGACGACAAGAAGAACGACACGGACGAAACAGCAGGGGGCUCCUCCGGCACCUCCACAGUUGGCACAACAGCUGGUGCUACUACAGCACCACAUCCGGCAGACCAGGCACUAGAUCUUCCGAAGGCCUCCUUGUCGUCGAUGUUCUGCAAGCAGGCGGCGGACGUGACAUGGGAGAAGCUGGUCAACCACCUGGUUUCCAAGGACAAGUUUCCGGACGAGGAAAGUUUAAAGAGUGCGGUCUCCGACGCAGACACGAAAUCCUGGCUUUCCGCCGUGGGGCUGAAGUGUGGCGGAACCGCGGAGGAACGCGUGCAGCGACUGUGCAAGGCCAGGGAGUUCGCGACCUUCGAGGACGCACCGAACACACUGAAGGCGCCGCCGGCGAAGAUCAAAACGAAGAAGCCGGAGAGUUUGCCGGAAAAGAAGAAGUGAGGGGAAAAGAUAAUACGGAGGAAAGUUAGUAGUGGCUCGCCGCCCACGCCAGCCUGGAAGAUGAGGAACUGAGUGAGUGUAGUGCUGGAUGAUGACUUCCACAUGGAACAACUGACGUCAUAUACGGAAAACUGAAUGUCUUGAACAAGAGCGCACGACUUUGACAUUUUUUCGUUAUGCGUAUCAUGUUAGUCGUAUAUUGCUUUUCGCUCCGGCAGUUCGCUCCGGCUACAGUGAUCUACCUAAACUUCAUGUUUGAUUUUACAUUGCAAUAUAUUGCUUUUCGAAAUCAAGCGGCACCGCAUGCACAUGCAGGCACUCGAUGUCGGCGCUGCAUCUAUGUCAUAAAGUUCGCUAGCAAGCGAAAACGAAUCCGGUG